AUGUCUGUCGUCUCAGGCAUAAAACCAAUAAAAGAACAUAUUAUGACUGAAGAUCACGUCGAAGAGAGAAAACAGCUCAUUUACGGACCGGGCAUUGAAAACCUCAUGCUCGAGUCGGUAUCUAAUCCGAGAACUGAAACGGACUUUGCAAACCUGAGACAUUCUACGGAAGAUAAUAGCGAAAAUGCGGCUGAAAGAGGUACACGAGUUAAUAAUGUUCAGUACAAUGAAAAGCGAGAAUCAUCAGUACAAAACACUGAACCGAUGGAUUGGACACCAACAAAAUCAGACGCCACCCUUCCAUCACCCAGAUCGCGAUCUCGUUCCGGCUCUGAAUCACCGGCUACCGCUUCUAGAACUGUUGCCGUUAAUCUAUUUCCUCUCACCGAUUCUAUUGUGUUCAGUCCAAAACAUUUGACGUUUGCGCCCGACCAAGAAAUUAAAGUAGGUAGAGUCAGUGGAAGUCGGAAUCAAAAAGAGGCGAAGGCGGAAAAUGGCGUGUUUAACUGCGAUGUAAUGUCGAGAGAACACGCAAUGUUAAAAGAGUCAAACGGAAAGAUUAUGAUCAAGGACACCAAAAGCACACACGGUACUUUUGUCAAUAGUGUGCGUCUAGGAGAUGGCUCGAAAGACAGUGAAUGGAAAGAAUUAAAGCAUGGGGACGUGAUCACUUUCGGACACAGUGUCAAACGCAAUCAAAAUCUAUACAAGCAUUUGUCCGCUUAUGUAUAUUACCCCAAAGAAAAGAAAGAACUUCCUCCGAUACCAAUUUCUCCCAAUGGUGCACAAAGUAGUGAGUUUUCGAAUGAUUUGACAAAAAUCGUGACCAACAAGUUGGAAAAAAAAGAGGGACAGGUUUCUGAGUGUAUAGCGAACGAUCCUUCAACAGAUGUCUCCAAAGAAGGUUUUUCUUCUGCUGCGCCUGUGUCAAGUAAAGUUGAAAAGCCCGUUGAAAUCCAGAAGGAACACAAACCUACUAAGAUAGACGAAACUUGGUCCACGAGUUCCGUCGUCUCAGGUCAAAAAAAUUUAUCAAAUAUACGUGAAACUAGACAAACAAGCGAAGUUGAAACCACAGCAUCAGUUGUGUCUACCAUACCCGGUAACUCCACCACGUCGGUAAAACAAAAAGCUCAGAUAACUGCAGUGAAGCAGGAGAGGCGAGUGGUGACUUCUGACAGAAAUGUUUCCAAGUUUGAUGCACCUAUUGUAAAAGAUGAGGUUAUUCCCACGGACGAUUUCCGCAAGGUUACCGAAGAUCAUAAAUCUAUUACCUCCGCAAGCACUUCAGACCCCAUCCCCUUUGAAGAAACCACUUUAAAUCCUGUGACCAUACCAAGGAACACAGCAGUCACUUAUAAAGAAAAAACGUCGACGCAGAUGUAUCGAGAAACAAAACAUCCCAAAACCUCACGUAAGGAUAAAGAUAUAAGUGAGGAUAAGAUUAACAAUGAAAAUGCGGUGAACAAUGGGGAAGGCCCCUCUCAUGUGACUGAAACAACAAAUAUUGUUUCCACCGUCUCCCGUAAACGCAAGUAUGAAGAAACCGAAGAGGAAGGUCUGCAACAAGUGCACGAACUUAAGGAAAAGAUAGCAGAUUUAGAGAAGCGGGCUAACAAACGCAGAAGAUGGGAGCUCAUUGCAUCUACAGUGGUUGGCAUGGCUGCUGGUGUUGUUAGUAUCGGAGUUGGCGCUUAUAUGCUGGGAAACUGA